AUGACAAAGCACUGGCCGGAGCAGAGCCACUUGGCACCACCCGCUCUGUCCCACCUUGGAGAACACCACGACCAUCAACUUGACUUCCACAGAAAUGCGCAGCAGAGUUUUCAUACGAGCGGUGUAACGAGGAACCCUCCUUCCCAACAGUGGCCUCACCACACGGCUCAGAUGGUUCCCCAGCAGCCGCAGCGCUUGGAGAAACUCACCGCGCGUCCCGAACAUCUCACCAGCGCCACGGCAUUCAUGGAUAAAACCGUACCGGCGGGUUCAUCAUACCCGAACGCUCAAGAUGCCCACUUCAAACAGGAAACUAUUAGCAGGGACCCAUGGAACAAUGAAAGGAAGAAAAACAACACCAGCGAAGGGAAGAAGAAGAACUAUCAGCGGUAUCCAAAACCACCGUACUCAUAUCUUGCUAUGAUCGCUAUGGUCAUCCAAAGAUCCCCAGAGAAGAAACUGACAUUAUCUGAGAUCCUGAAGGAGAUCAGUACCCUCUUCCCAUUUUUCAAGGGAAACUACAAGGGCUGGCGGGAUUCAGUGCGACACAACCUCUCCUCUUAUGACUGCUUUGUGAAGGUGCUGAAGGACCCAGGUAAACCCCAGGGCAAAGGCAAUUUUUGGACAGUGGAGCUGAGCCGUGUUCCCCUGGAGCUCCUUAAGAGGCAGAACACAGCUGUGUCACGCCAGGAUGAGACAAUCUUUGCCCAGGAUCUGGCCCCGUACAUCUUACAGGGACACAAGCCAGAAUCUGAGCCAACCUCUGACCCGGUGACCUCCCUCCCUCCCAUGCGCUCCAGAAACCCCUCCCCGCCGCAGGAGGACUUGUUCCGACCUAAGCUGGACUCAUCUUUUGCCAUCGACUCCCUGCUACACAGCCUACGGCCAACUAGUGCUUCCGGGAAUGUGGAAGUGACUACCAGAGACUGCUGGGGUGAGGUGGAGCACCCUCGACCCUCUCCUCCUCCACGACCACGCUACGCGUCCUCUGCACGUAGUGCCUCUGCCAGCUCUGCCAGCCCAGCAUCCACCUCUUCCUCCUCCUCUGAUGAAGAAUGGAAAGGGGUAUCCCUGUCUGGGAAGCGUGUUCCUCCAGAUGGUGAAGCAGGGUCCGAUGGUUAUGAGGACUACAGGCCACCACUGCACAAAUCGGCCAGACGGGAGGCUGUUGCACCUCCAUGGGAGCUCCCUACAUCUUAUGCAAAAUAUGCCCCCCCCAAUGCUGUUGCCCCACCCAGUAUGCGGUUCAACGGAGGUCCUCUAAUGCAGCUGCAUGGUGGACUUCCUCUUUAUGGCUAUGGCGGCUCUCCUGUAGCACCCAGUCAUUUUUUAAGUCAUGCAUAUUGGCCCAUCCUCCCCAGCGGACGAGUUUCAGUCCAAGCCCCUCCCCUCAUCAUGGACCUGGACAACAUGUUGCAGUCUGUGCCUCCAAAUAAGAGUGUGUUUGAUGUCCUAGCACCAGCCAAUCAGAACUCUCACUCACAUCAUCAGCCACCAAGUCAGUACGCCCUGCAGAAUGGGCCUCCCCUAAACAGGUACCCUCAGUACUGA